CACCAAUGACUCCUCUAAAAGCAGUGCCUGAAAAAUCAUCCAGACCAAAGGAUUUUAAGAACAAGGACUGCUUUGUAAGAAAAACGGACCAAAGUCUCCACACCUUGGGAAAAAUUAAAGAAAAAGAAACACUUGUCGAGUUUGGAAUGUGGACAGGAUAUCAAGGAAAAGGCGGCAAAUUUUUGUUGCUUAAGGGCAACAAAACAUUCAUUGAAAUCAAACUAAAUGAGGAUUUAAUUAUAACUAACAGUACUUUGGUAAGAUAUGUAUAA